UGUGUUAUUUCUAUUUAUUCUUUUUCCUCCGAGAGGAGAGCCAAUCGCGCACCGCCGAAGGCUUUUGUUCGCGCAUGAGAUUGCAUUGGGCCGAAGGCAGAUAGUAACUUUUUGAUUCGCGAAUCGGGAGAAGUUUUAAUUGCGGUUAGACAUUCGAGCGGCUCGGUCGUGUUUUUUUGAGACUUGUUUCACUCGACAGGUGAAAAUGAUUAUAGUGAUUGGCGGCAGAAGAAAGAAGAGUGCCAUUGUGCGUGUGAAUCAAAAGCAAUAUCAGUGAAAUUAUCGGCAAAACGAAAUUAUUCAAUCUGGUUCUUACCAGUUGACGCGAGAAGAAAGUGAAAAGAGAUUUGGAUAUAAAUUAAGCAGUGUUAUUCUCGGUUGAUUGUAGUGAAUCAAAAGCCAAGGAAGUUGUCAAAAUACUCGCGGGAUCUGCAGGAUUGUUUUCGAAUUUACACUCCAGAGGUACCAGUGUUGAUGAUAGCAAAACUAGCAAAGUCACUCGCCAGUCACUGACCAACGCGAAAGGCCACUUCGCUUAUCGGCCGCCGGUAAACCACCAGCCACCAGUAUUAGUCAUUGUAGAGGCGCGGAAAAAAGUGCCCGCGGGCAGCACUAGCGCGGCCCCACCCACACCCACCAUCACACCAACAGCAACAUGUCUCCACCGUCAUGCUGGAAAAUACUAACACGCAGGAAGACGCUCUGUUUGGACAAUGAAAACUCGGAAAGCGACAAACUGGGACGAAUACUGAACACCUACGAUCUAACCGCACUUGGGGUAGGCGCCACGCUCGGUGUGGGCGUGUACGUACUGGCGGGACAUGUCUCUAAGGAUCAGGCCGGGCCAUCGGUUGUCUUGUCGUUCCUGAUAGCGGCCACUGCCUCCUUCCUAGCUGGCCUCUGUUACGCGGAAUUCGGAGCCCGCGUGCCGAAGUCGGGUUCAGCCUACGUCUACAGCUACGUGUGCAUCGGUGAGUUCAUGGCCUUCAUCAUCGGCUGGAAUCUGAUGCUCGAGUACAUCAUCGGAUCGGCCAGCGUGUCCCGCGGGCUAAGCUUGUACAUAGACACCCUCGCAAACGACACGCUGAAGAUACACUUCCGGGAGAUCGCUCCGAUGGAAUGGGACUUCAUGUCGAGCUAUUUCGAUUUCUUCGCCUUCUCGAUGGCGAUUUUGCUUGGAAUCGCACUCGCAUUCGGUCUGAAGAAAUCGACAAUGGUCAACAACUUCUUCACGGUACUGAACAUCGGAAUCGUUCUGUUUGUGAUUGUCGCCGGAGCGAUAAACGCCGACAUUUCUAACUGGAGCAUAGAUCCGGCCAACGUAUCCACGAUAUACAACGUGGGAGAGGGAGGUUUCUUUCCGUUCGGAUUCGAAGGAACACUCCGAGGGGCAGCCACGUGCUUCUUCGGGUUUGUUGGUUUCGACUGUAUUGCCACCACCGGCGAGGAGGUGCGAAAUCCGCGGAAGGCAAUCCCGAGGGCGAUCCUGUUCUCGCUGUGUAUAAUUUUUCUGGCGUAUUUCGGAGUGUCAACAGUGCUGACGCUGAUGUGGCCCUACUACAAACAGGACGUCAACGCUCCGCUGCCAUUUGUUUUCAACGAAAUCGGAUGGUCGUUCGCCAAAUGGACGGUUGCUAUCGGGGGGAUUAUCGGACUGGUGGCCAGCUUGUUUGGCGCGAUGUUUCCCCAGCCACGAAUUAUCUACGCGAUGGCCCAGGAUGGGUUAAUUUUUCAUGCCCUCGGGGAAGUCAGCCCUCGGUUUAAGACACCGGUUUUCGGAACGCUAUGCGCCGCUUUGUUAACUGGGACGAUGGCUGGGAUUUUUGAUCUGAAAGCUCUGGUCAAUAUGCUGUCGAUUGGCACACUGAUGGCCUACACGGUGGUGGCGAUCUCAAUUCUCAUUCUAAGGUUUUCGGAAGAAUCCAUACACAACUCAAUACCAUCCACGAGUAAACAAGUGUAUGAAUCCUCCAAUCUGCUGAAGUCGGGGAAUCGAAUGACCGGCUCGGCUUUCAUGAAGCAGUUGUUCAACGUGUCCUGUGUGAGGAUACCUUCUCCUAUUUCCACUGGCGUAGUGGGAACUCUUGUGACGCUGUAUUGUCUCCUCGCGUUGACUCUUUCCCUGACAAUCUACUACGCCAAGCAGGCAUUGUAUGACCUGGAACCCUGGGCCCUGGCGCUGGGUGGAUCCUUGCUGGCUCUGCUUCUGCUAUCGCUACUGCUGAUGUCGAUUCAGCCUCGUGAAACGGCGGACGCACCGUUCAAGGUUCCCUGGGUGCCGCUGGUGCCUGCCAUCAGUAUUUUCGUCAACAUCUAUCUGAUGCUGAUGCUGGAUGUGUACACAUGGAUCCGCUUUGGCAUCUGGAUGGCAAUCGGUUUUCCACUGUAUUUAGCAUGUGUCUGUUUCGGUAGUAGAAAUAUGAAAAGCGAAAGCAAGCAAACGCUUAGCGUACAGUCGUGUACAAACGAGGACUCCAGCAGCUCGGAAGGGAUCGAGAAUUGUGGAUUCGAACACAGUGAAGAACCGCCGCAGGUCAUUUCCAAUGGGUUCUACUCGAAAAAUCUGAACAACGUUCUCAACGGAGGGAAUGAGAAGCAGUUGAAGCUUAUUCCGAUCGCGGAAUGUGGGGAAGAAAAAGAUUGCAAAGAAGACGAUACCGUUCAAACUAGGGCCAGGUCGAGAACUCCUUCGCCGAAGAAUAGUGUGGAUGAAAUUGUAGCAGUUUCCGAACUCUCAGAUCUGGUUACUGAGAAGAUCGAACCGAACGGGAAGGCUUAUUUCGUGGAAGACGUAAACGAAAAGGAAUCGGAACGAUCGAACGAGGAGACAAGUAAAGCGAUUGCCCUACUGGACGACAUUCUUAAUGAUGAAGAAUGCACUAUGCAAAGCACGUUCCCAUCGCUAGACGAUGAGUCUCUGGCCAGUCCGGUAUUUCACGAGCAGUCAGUCGUGGCAGACAUCCACCGGGAGAACGAAAUUUCUAUGCCGAUUAUCGAGUUUUGCGGCGAUGUUCAUUCGGAACAGCAGAUGCCAAACGAAGUGAACGCAAGGGAAGGCUCAGAAGAAAAUCUAGGAGAUGAAGAGCCCCCACCAAUACCCUCUCGGGCAGCAUUUGUACUGGGAAAAGACGAAAACAACAACGUGGGUCCUGACGAUGAAGAUAUGCACUACAAUCGGUUGGAUAGUCAAAAGCAAAAACAAUUUAUGUCCAGGUUGAGUACACUACUUGAAAACCCCCAAAAAUACAAGAAAAAAGCCCCGAAAAACUCUGACGAUGCCAACAGCGUGAGUCCAAAGCUACAAAAAAGUAUCAGCGAGCCGAAUUUUGUGCUAUAUUUAGAAAAUUCAUCGAACCAUGAAAGUGAUACUGAUAAUGGUUCUCCUCGGCGAGUUGUACCGCCAGCACCUAGAUUCGACGAGGCUCUGUUCAACACUGUUAGAGCAUCCAGCGCCCUGGAGCAUAUCACUUCCCCUACAAAUGAGCCUGCCUUUAGAUAUACAUCUUCUGGGCCACCUAGUCUAGUUCCUGAACCACCAAAGUUCGACCCUGUGCUCUACAACACAUUGGGAAAAGAUAAGUCCCAACGAGCCAGUAUUCUUUCACGCCCGACGACUCCAAAUGUGUCCGGUUACCACGAGGUGAGUCUGAACAAACUAAAUCCGCCAUCAAAUACCGAACCCGCUGAGACCAAGAGUAUAGAUGCAAGCGAAACACCACCACCACGUGCGGAGUUCAAAUCCAAGCUAGAGGAGAUACUGCUGCGGGGUCCAACGGCCAAAAUUCGACCCAAAACUCUACCCGCGUUCCCUGUCGACCGGCAACUUUCGACUGCUUCGUCUCCCAUUCCCAGUGCGAUCAUUCCCUCAGAACAUGAUGAAUCCGCUAACACCGAUACUGUCACUGAGAGCAAUCAUUCCAAGAAGAGCUCUCGGGAUCCGAUAAAACCAUUCGAUACCACGAAGAAAAAGCAAAAACUUCUCUUCGACGAUGUACUGAAGGAAAUCAGCCCAGACACCCGGCCCAGCAGUAUACGGAACUCCCUCGAGCACCGGAUGUCCUUUUCCGAGUUCAAAAACGGACUGAAGAAGACGGUUCCACCAAAGCAGUUCCUCCCGAAUGCGUGAUCAAACGAGAAAGUGUAGUGGGUGUGUUUGCGAUUGCGUGUGUAGAAAGAAAUUCCGAUCAGUCAGUUGCUCAACCUUUCGAUAUUAAAUAAAACUCGGAUAAUACCAGGAAAAUUCUUGCUGCCGUCUGCGUUGUCGUUUUCGCACAAAAAUGUGAAACAUCUAUCAAUCGGUUGUGUUUGUUGAAAUUUUGAAUAUCUCACGAAGGUAAAUUACAUUUUAACAUAAAUAACUUAUGAAAACAAAAGCGUCUGUAAAUAUACAUAUUAACUAGUGCAUGUUUUUAUAUAAUUUUGAAAAAAAAUCCGCAUGUUCAAGGAAGUCUACCAACCAAUCGACAUUUGAAAAUUAUCACUUUAUAUUUGUCAUUAUCCCUUAGUAGCUUUAUCGACACCAUAUUUAAAGCUUCUGAAAAGUUUAGAUCGUUUAGAAAUGGGACACCCACAAUCUUUCGAAUGUCUUUCGGACAUGGUUCCUUUCAAAAUUAAAAUUGACUAUACGAAGUUUGAUGUUCCUCCGUCGCACGAGAGCUGGCUGUAUUUGUCUGAUCCGUUUCAACUAGAAACUAUGUUAGUACAACGUCUUUUCGACUUCUAUGCAUCCUCUUCUGUAGUUUGUAGAAUAGUGUAUCAUCACGGAAGGUUAGUAUCAUAUUGGUAACUACAUAAAGUCUCAUAGUAUCGAUAAUACCCUCUUAACGACAUACUUGAUUGCAUGACAACAACAUAAAGAUCCAUAAACAGCUCUCCACUAACGCACAAUUGCAUGAAACCGCCGAAUUAACGAUUUUAUCGAAUUGAACUCUUCUGUGUCGAACAACUAAACACCUUCCGCACAAAAA